AUGCUGCGGGAGGAGAGCUUGUUUGAGACGUACGUGCCUUGGAAGCUCAGCUGGCGGCGUUUCGGAGCUGUCGGGGAGCGUGUGAGUUGCUUGGCCGUCGACGAUGCCGGGAGGCGUGGGUAUGCGGUCUACUCACUAAUGCACCAACGGGAGGGCUACCAGGGGAGACGGCUAGGCAGAUUGGCAAGCGGGAGAAGAGGAAGAAGGACAGGGAGGAAGCGGACGGCGAUGACGGAGUCGAGGCGAAAUACCGCAGGCUCCGGACAAAGACAGCGAGUGCUGAGGCAACGGACGGACGAGGACGAGCUGGUGUGGAUCCGGCACCAUGGAACGCCUGGCACGUAG